CUUAAACGCAACGCCUCUCCCAUCUCGACUUACAUCAGACAUCAUAAUGCCUGUCAUUCAACGUAUAAAACCUCAGUCACGGCCGCUUCGACCCCCGCUGACGAAAUUUUGCCGUGCAACGCGCACCCGCUCCUUCGCGCGCAGCUCACGAGUCCUCCUCGUCUCGCACACAGCUUCACGACCGCAACUCAGCUUCCUGAAUAGCUCGCGCUCGCGCGCUCAGCUGAACUUCAUCUCGCGUCUCAUAUCUACGGAAACCAAGCGCUUCAUCAAGGAGCAGUCAUGGCUGGCGGGCAAGUACACGUUCAUCGGGGCGGUGAUUUGUUCGGCCGGUUUGGCGUGGGCGUGGAUGCUCACGCAAGAGAUGGUCGACAGAGACUUCCCCGCGCCGAAGGAGUGGACGUUCCUUACCAAAGUGGUCUAUCACGCUGCGAGAGGUCUGGAGGUGCCCAGCGCGAACGCAACAGGCACCGUGAACUGGUGGCUUUGCGGAUUGGCGUUCAGGGACCUUUUGAAGAGGCUUGAGGAUCCAGGCGUGGACGGAAAGGGACUGCGGGUGGUGGACGAGGCGGAUGUCGUUGUUCCCGGGAUGGGACACACGGGCUUCGACAUCGAAGACAUGAGCUACGAGUGGAAGAGAGGCUACUAUGAGGCACUUAUGGGCUGUGGGCGAGCAGCCAUUGAGCUUGAGGAUGCGGUUGUGGACACGACGCGAGAUCAUGUGUUCAAACGAGCAUACAUGGUUGGUCCUUCAAAUCCAAGGCCAAAGAAAAUACCGCGAAAAGGAAUCGAGCCGCCACUGGAGGAAAACUGCGUGCCGGCGUACGCACCGCCAGAGACGUACUAUCUCAAGAUCUUGACGACUAAGGGAUUCACGAACAAGGAGAAGAUGGACGCGGCGCUCGCGUACGCUGGCUGGCUUGACUUCAAGGGGUUGAAUGAGACGGCGGAGGAAAUGUACCAGUGGGCACUCGACCUUGCUUUGUCUGGCGUCGACGAGCCCGCGAAAGUGCUGGACAGAAAGCGAGGCAUAAUCAAGCCCGGAGUGCCGGUCACAAGCAACAUACUCGAUGCUACAACCGCACUGGCUGUGCACCGCGCUCAAACUGGGGACACGAACACGGCACUGCCCAUUUUCCUGUCGAUACUGCGCGCGCAACGAGAGGCACAGACGGCCACGCCGGUCCCGAGAGCCGACGAGCAAGCAAGAGCCGCGAAAGUCAAACGGACCGACUUGGACGUGCUGCAAUCUCGCAUAGCCAGUUUCUGGUCGCUACUGCAGGCAUCCAAGUUCCCGGACCCACCGCCUUCGGGCAACGAGGUCUACGUUCGCACACCAGACUCAGCCGGCGAGGAGGCGGCUAUCAUGGCGUACAUUGGUGAAGUACUGUUUGCCAGCUCGCCGUCGCAGCGCGAGGCGGGCCUGUCGUGGACCAAGUCAGCCGUCGAACUGGCGUACUGGGGUUACCAAGACCCGAGGACGAGUCGCGAGGGCAAGAUCAAGUGCAUCAAAUCUCUGUCGGUCGGGACGGAAAACCGAAAGAAGAUGGUCGACCUGCAGAGAUCGCGGGUGGCCGAGCUUGAUGAAGAGCGCAGACAGGCCAGCCUCUGGCGCAGAUGCAUACCCGGCCUGCUGGUGAGUCAGGCGGCCAUCGAGCAGCAGAAGGAGAGGUGGGAGCAGGAGUGGCAUGACGCCGGUGAAUUCAGCAUGAUGCUGUCCAGGGGGCGCGUGUUUGAUUUUGAGGAGGAGCCGGCCCCUGUCUGGGGUGCGACGUUGCUAAGAGAGUGGAUUAUACCCAGGUUCACGACGCCGGAGUGGAGGCGGUAGAAACGGGUUGUCUUGACGUCGUCACUCACGUGAAGAAUUUUUAUUUUUUAUUUUUUUUUCCCCCCAACGGGGCCUGUUCAUGCAUGGUCGAAACAGUCUACUUUCUUCCAUGUAUAUACCUAUUAUAUUUAUGAUACAUACAUAUACAUAUAUAUAUAUAUAUAU